CCGUCCCUUCUUCCCAGGAGCUGUCCCUUCUCCUCCAAGGCGCAGGUCUGAGCGGAAUGUGGCUCCUACAAUGCAAACUCAGCCCCUGGCCCAGUGGAAACCAGCCGCGGUGGCAAGCAAAAGCACGGGCAUCCCACGUCCAGGUCCUUUGGUGAUGCGGCCUAUAACCCUGAAAAAGAUUCUGCCACGAAAUCGGCAGACCAAGGAGGCUGCCGUAACUCCGCGCCGGAGUCCAAGGAUCUCCUUGAAAGAAGACAAGGAGAACAUCCCUCUGGCAGUGGCUCCAAGCGGAAGCCCUGGUGGAAGUGCAACCAAGCCGGAGCGUGAGCGCUCCCCCCCGCAGCGCUCCUUGGAUGCCGAGCCAGGCGUGCCCCCCAGAGGGGCCGUCGCCCUGUUCCCGGCCGGUCCCGGCACACAUGCCUCCCUGCCGGACGACGAGCGGGACCUGGCCAUGGCGAAGAGGGUGCGGCGGUCCUACAGCCGCUCGGAGGCCUCCCUGAGCCAGAGUUUCCAGGAGAGGCUGGGCUCCCCCGGCUCCGGUCUCUCCGACAGCUCCACCCCCAACCACGCACCAGGCAAGCGACAAACUCUCUUCGGGUUCGAGAAGCUCCUGAUCCCGGGCGUGCUGGCCAGCAUGUCUCCCGUGAACGCAAGCGUCACCCAGAAGUCGCCCACCGGAGCAACGGAACCCGGCCCCCUUCACGAGCCAGACACAGACAUCCCGGGAAUUUCUUUUGUCAAAGAAAAACGGCGGAAGAAGAAGGUGCCGCAGUUCGAUAAAUCGGAGCUGGACGAAUGGGCAGCUCAGAUGAACGCGGAGUUUGAAGAAGCGGAGCGAUUCGACCUCCUUGUGGAGUGAAGGGGCCCUGUCCCACCGCCGUGCAGGGUGUCCGUUCACUGUGCGCUGUGUCUGUAGCCUGGUGUCCGCCGGGGGGCGCUCCUCCAUUCCCCAUGCGGAAAGCAGUAAAUUGCUUUGCUUUUGGAUGUACUUAGUAGCAGAAGGCAUCUAUCUAUUCCCUUUACUGGCGAUUGUGAAACUGGUGGGAGGUUCAGGGAUGAGCUUGUCUGGGGCUGACAGUCUUUGUGGGGGGCCGAGGCGUUGGGGAAACGCCUCGUGCUAAUUGCCACACAGCCAUUCGGGGGUGUCUUGCCUGCUGAUGAUGCAAAGCGGUGUCAGUUGCGGUUUCGCGGUCUUUUUCUCUUUGAGGAGCCUUAGCUAAGCGUUUUGUCUUUCCUGCAUAGGUGGCAGAAAAAGAAGCGCUUGACUUUUGGAAAUGUGUGCUGAUGUAUAAAUAGGCCUUUUUUUUUUUUUUGUCGUCACUGACUGUUUUCUAUCAAGCAGAUUCUUCUAAAAAUAUGUUGGGGUGGUUUCUUAGAGUAACUUUUUCCUAGUUGGGAUGCAAAACAGGUCACUUACUAAUUUGCUCAUUCUGAUAAACUGCUUCCUUGUAUUUCUGAACCAGCGGGAUUCUCUCGUUGCUUUUCCAUGGAUGCAUUUCUCAAGCGUGUGGAAUAUUUUAAGCCACCUUGUCAGGGCUAUGUGCCCUGAAAGUCGGGUUAAGUAUCUUUUAAAUAAAAUAGUGUAUAUGCAUAAGAAUAAAAAUAAAACUUUAAAAGGCU